AUGUACAUCACCCUCUACUACCUCGUCACCCGGCUCCCUGACUCCCUUCGCUCGGUCAGGGACCACUUCCUCUCCCUUUGCCCCACCACGCUCACCGUUGACCUCCUCGAGGAGCGCCUCCUUGCAGCUGAGAAGAGUAUAGUCGCUGUAGGAGCCUCUCGUGGAGACCCUCGUGCCCCUUUCUUUGAGGGGUGCUACCCCGUCCCUCUUUUGCCCUCUGUUGCCUCUGCUGCUGCUGUCGACCUCGUUGGCACCGAGUCGGUCAGCGCUGCGUCUGCUCCUAGUGGGAGGCGCCGCAGCAGCAGGAGCAAGGGGGGCAAGGGUGCUGGAGGAGACGGCGGGGGCGGCGGUAGUGGCGGUGGAGGCGGCGGAGGGGGUGGGGGUGGAGGUGGGGGUGGUGGCGGGAGUGGGGGCUUCGGCGGCAGCAGUGGAGGCGGAGGCGGCGGCGGCAGCGGCAGUGGGGGUGGCGGAGGUGGCAGCGGCGGUGGGGGUGGUGGCGGCGGUGGUGCUGGUCAGGGUGGCGCUGCGCAGCGGGGAGGUCCUGGUGGUGGCCAGCGCCAGCAGCAGCAGCGUUCUCGUGAGACCCUGUCGCCCCAGCAGCUUCGUGAGUGGUACGCUGGGCGUGGGAGGUCUGGGGGUGCUGGUCCUUGUGUUUACGUUCUCCGCACCGGCGACCGCAGUGGGGAGACGUGCGGAGGACCGCAUGCCACGCACCGCUGUUUCGGCCGCCUGAAGGACGCCUGGCGUACACAGUUUCCAGACGCCACUGAGCUCCCUCGCUGGGGUGAUCUGCUUAAGUCGGGUGUUGCUAUCUUUGAUCUUGAUUAUGAUGCUAUCCUUGCUGCUAUGUAUGCUGUGACUAUUAGUGCUGAGGGUAUCUGUUACCUGUGUGUUCCGCUCGACCCGGGCAUUGAGGCUGCUGCUCUAGGUGCUAGUGAGUCUGCUGCUCUAGGUGCUGGUGAGUCUGCUCUCUCAGGUACCGCGUUGGCGCAGGCCGUGCACACGUUCACCCUUGACUGGGGUGCUUCUCGCUCCUUUCGCAAAUGCACCACACUCUCGCCGCUCAGUCGGCCAGUGGCAGUCUCCCUGGCUGACCCCUCUAGGGGUCCGGUCCUUGCACACUCCUCCACGGUUCUGCCGUGUCCGGAGGUCCCGCCUAGCUCUCUGUCUGGCCUCCACCUCCCCUCGUUCUCCACGAACUUGAUAGCUGCGUCGGGUCAGGUGUUUGCUGCAGCGUCCCGGUCUGGUCCUGAGUCUGCCCCCUGCUCUUGUCGCCUCCUGUCUCACCAGACUCUUUUCUGGCACCACCGCCUUGGUCACCCCUCCCUGCCUCGUCUCCGAGGCAUGGCCUCCCGUGUCCUUGUCACUGGUCUUCCCCGGUCUCUCCCUCCCCUUCCCCCGGGGCCUGCCCCUACCUGCGCUCCUUGCGUCGAGGGGCGGCAUCGCGCUGCUCCUCACUCCUCUGAGUUCCCUCCGACGGAGGCUCCCUUGCAGACUUUUCACAUGGACGUGUGGGGCCCAGCCCGCGUCCGUGGACAGGGUCACGAGCGCUACUUUCUGCUGGUCGUUGACGACUACUCGCGUUACACCACAGUCUUCCCCUUGCGCCGCAAGGGUGAGGUCACCGAGACGUUCACGCUUCCGGCCUCUCCGCAGCAAAAUGGGAUUGCUGAGCGCCGCAUUGAUAUGGCCAUGGACGUCGCUCGUACGUCCAUGAUCCAUGCGGCUGCUCCCCAUUUUCUGUGGCUGUUCGCGGCUCAGUACGCUGCGCAUCAGCUCAACCUCCAGCCCCGGGUCUCCAUGCCGGAGACCACACCUACGCUGCGGUGGACGGGGAAGGUUGGCGAUGCAUCUGCAUUCCGUGUCUGGGGAUCUCGAGCUUUCGUCUGCGACUUGUCUGCGGACAAGCUGUCCUCCCGUGCUGUUCCCUGCGUCUUGCUUGGCUUCCCCCCUGACGCGCCUGGUUGGCAGUUUUGCCACCCAACCUCGCGCCCUAUUCUGACCUCUUUGGACGUCACGUUCGAUGAGUCGGUUUCUUACUACCGUCUCUUCCCCUACCGCACUGCCCCCCUUCCUCCCCCGCCCGUCUUCCUCGUGCCAGGUCCUCCUCCGGUAGACCCCCUUCCCCCUAAGGGUCCUGCCCCCUCAGGUGUGUCCGAGGUAGAUGCAGUCGAGCCUGUCGAGGUAGCUGUUGACUCUGGUGCGACUAAGGGUGCUGAGCCUGCGGGUGCCGGGUCUGGGGGUGCUGAGCCUGAACGUGCUAAGCCUGGGGGUGCUUAA